AUGGAAGCCGAUAGAGCCAAGGUUCUUGAAGCGCUAAACGCCUAUCGCGCGCACAUCGCGUCCCAGAUCCGGAAGAACAUGGAACUGUACGUGGAGUAUGUCUUGGAGCAGUUACCACUGGACCAGGACUGGACAGACGAGGAAAUCAACGAUGCUCGUAUGCAAUUUCUCGAGGAACGAUUAGGAAUCGGCGAGUUCAUGGAGGGUGUCAGGUUUCCUGAGGAUGUUCUGACCCAUUGGCAUGAGAUAGCUCAGUUGAGUGGUUUAGACGGGACAAUCCGCCUAGACCCGGCCAACGGCGCUGAGCUCCUGGAGGCCUACGUUUCUCACAUCGAGGAGGCUCUGCGAGAAAAGUCCCACGAGGACGUCAGAGACACGAUUAAGUUUCCAAAAGAACUCCGCAUAGUGGCCGAGGAAGUCCACGGCCUGAUUGGCCCCGGGAUGCCAUACCACAAUCACCAGCAGCUGACCUUCUGGUCUCUGACAAUGGACGCUAGCCGGGUCAAGACCUCGGAGGAACUGGAAGAUGAGACGGGGUUGAACGGCUGGGACCCUCAUGGCUGGACGAUGGGAGGCGGGUGGAACUCGGGGGACGGACAGGAUGCCUCGUGUUGCGUGGUGUACUGCCGUAAGCCGGGCGAGGAUGGAUGGAAAUGGCGGUACGUUGUGAAUUUGUGGGAGAGAGGGAUGUAUGUCUUUGAGAGCAUUCCCGAGUUUCUUGGGUGGUACGCACACUUUCGCGAGGAUCACUUGGAGAGGUUGGCGGCUGAGGACCGGACGGCCAGGCUGUUUGAUUGA